AUGUCGUCGAGCCCGAAUAUCUCGGUGACCGUAUAUUUCUCUCCUCUGGUGUGCAUACUGAUCCUGGAUUCGUUCAAGCAGCUCCGUGAGUUGGCAGCACCUUUGCCACUAAUAGCCGUGGGGCUGGUAAUACUUGUUAUUGCUCUAGUGAGGGAGGCAUACAGAACUGACAUUCCCAAAGUCAAAGGCUUGCCAGAGCCAGCAGGAGCUCUUCCAUUUAUCGGUCAUCUCCUUCCCCUGGGAGGUCGAGAGAAAAGGAAUGACACUGUUAUAUUCUCGCGAUGGCAAGAGGAGCUGAACGCCGAUAUCUACCAGGUCCGUCUCGGCAGUCAACGGGCUGUCAUCGUCCAAGGAUGGCAAGCGAUCAAGGAUCUAUGGCUCGGAAACUCCAAUGCACUCAUCGAUCGCCCAUGGCAGCCAGGAUUCAUUGACAAACUUGGUGUGGACAUUUCGAGCUCCCCCAUGACCCCUCAGAUCAAGAGAUGUAGAGGAGCGGCACUCCGAGCGCUCGGCAAGCCCCUGUGGCCGGAAUACUACCAUCUCCUUGAACCAUCGUCAGUCACCAUGUUGCAACGGCUGUAUCAUAUUGGAAACAAUGGACAAGUGCCUAUUGACCUGUAUCUCCACUUUCAACAAGUGGUAUACGAUCUGAUCCUUCACCUCACAUACGGCGCUCGCAUGGGGGAUAUCGACGAUGCCUUCGGCAAGGAACUCUUGGAAUCUGUCCAGACACUUACACCAAUCCGGUCCUCUACGGCAGACUUCUCGCAUUACGUCCCCUUGCUUCGACUGCUGCCCCGUGGCCCGACCAAAGUCGAGAAAACUGAACGGCGGAGACGAGGACAGCUUGACCAGCUCUACAACCAGUACCUGAAGAAAGUCGAAAAAGGCGAGGUUGUUAACUGUAUUGUCUCCUCUUUGGGAAAGGACAAGCUGUCCCUUGAAGAAAUCCGAGGAACAUGUGUGUCGCUACUGCAAGCUGCUCCAGAGACCGUAGCUUCGGGGAUGUAUCAAGCUUCUGGCUGGCUGGCGUCUCCGGAAGGUCAGAAAUUUCAGCCAGCGGCUUUGAAAGCCAUCUUGGACCACUAUGGCGGAGAUCGAGAUCUCGCAUGGGACAUGGCAUUCCGAGAAGAAAAGAUACCCCUGAUUGUAGCCCUCUACAAAGAGACACUUCGAUGCUGGGCCCCGACUCCCUUCGCUCAAGGACGCGCGACGGUCAAGGAUAUCGACUACAACGGUAUCCAUAUUCCAAAGGGUAUCACGAUCAUCAUGAACGGCCAGGGUGCAAAUCUAGACCCGGCGUAUUAUGGCCCGGACGCAGGCGUGUUCAAGCCAACCAGAUUCAUCGGAGACGACAGUAGCCUGCCACAUCUGGCGUUCGGAGCUGGAAGUCGGCAAUGUCCAGCAAUGAACAUUUCGAACCGGAUGAUGUAUGGCUUGCUUGUCAGGACUAUCCUGGCUUUCGAGUUGAAGGAGACGACUGGCCCUGGCGCACGGAAGCCGCAUCUUGAUAUGCGGGACUUUUCAGACUACUACGGAUUGGUCAACGUUCCACGGGGAUGGGACUGCUUGUUGACAGCACGCGAUCCCGAGUGGCUAUUGAAUAGGCCAACGGAAAAACGAGGAGCAUAUUCUCAGUCACAACCUUCCUGGUCAAAAGUUGCCUACAGGACUGGUCUGGUCCCUAAGCAGUUGUCUUUGCCAGGUGCUUUGAUUGGAGACUACGAAGAAAUACAAGCACCAAUGGUGAUGAGCAGUUCCCCUACAGCUUUGUCAUCCGUCUCCGGAGCCUUGAAGAGUUUCACCUGUAAGUCCACUGGUUGUGGCAAAAGUUUCACCAGAGCAGAACAUCUACGGAGGCAUGCCCUCAACCAUGGUAAAGGGCAGGACACAUGUCCAAGGUGUGCGGUAGUCUUUACUAGACCGGAUUUACUUGCCAGACAUAUGGCUCGACAUGCAAAGAAAGACGAAGAAGCUGGAGGCCCUGGCCUGGGCAAUCUUGAGACUCGAAAAAGGUCGACAAGAGAAGCCGAUGGCACAGUCGUGACAAGGCCGCGGAAACGAGCACCUAGAAACAAUACCAGAUCGACAUCUCCGAGACCAUCCCAUCGUAACACCAUGAAUGACGAUAUAAGUUGCAGCACUGGGACCGACCACGGACACCCAAUCUCGCCACCACCAUCACUUCAUGAUACACCGCCGCAAGGCUUUGCAGUUGAUCAGACCUCGCUAGUGGAUCCGCAACUCGAUGCUGCGCCAGGACAUGAUACAUCAUGGUUCCUUGGAGACGACAGCACUGUGCAGACCUAUACUGGCGAUCCAUCCCAAUGGUCGAGUCAGACAUAUACUGCCACCACCAUUUCAGAUCAAAUGUCCUUCGACGACCUCUUCUAUACAGAUACAGCAAGUUCAUUCAACAUUAUGCCGUUCAGCACCAAUGUCAACUGGCUCUUGGACUUCACUACCUCCGCCGAACCUGUGGAUGAAAGUAUGGACAAUAUGAUGGCUGUUGACCCAGCCGACACGCAACUACAGCAAAGCUCGACCAAUGCCUUCCAAAGCUCUAAGAUAUCACCUACCGCUGUGGCGCCGGUGCACGAAGGUCAAUCACACAGGUCUGCGACUCCCCUGCAGACCAGCUCCCUCAAUGGUUGCAGUGCCGGCAAUGUGGUCCAUAGUGGGGAUCUGGAAGACGACUCAUCCUCCGAAAUGGGGUUUGUCUUUCACCAAAGCGCCAAUUCGGUGGGCAUGACAAGUCAAGAAGACGGAUUGAGCUCCUACGACUCCAUUACGAGACUGACCAGAAGGUCAAGGCAGCUUCCAGUCAUCGACGAGACCUCCCGAGAACGUGUCUUGGAACUUAUCGCCCAAGCUCGACCGAAGACCAUUGACGGCCUUGUUAUUGACACCUCGUCCUGCCUACUCUCGCCUGCCGCCUUCCAGCAAUACUCUGACCUUUUCUUCACCCGGUUCAACGUCUCGUACCCUCUCAUUCAUCAAGCCACAUUUGAACCCUCCAGCACGGAGGCUUUGUUACUGACGGCCAUUCUUCUGCUCGGCGCUACCUACGACGGCAAAGAGGCCCACCAGAUGGCGGUGGGAGUUCAUGACGUUCUGCGAGCUCGGAUCAUCCAGCAUCCUCUGUUCAAUGAGCAACCUGAACUCUGGAUCCUGCAAACCAUUCUGUUAGUCGAUUGUUUUGGCACCUCAAGAGCAGGCCAGAAACAGCACGCCAUGUCCAAUAUGUUCCAUGGCCUGCUGAUCAACCUCCUCCGCAGGGCGGACUGCCAGAAUGUACGAAACUCGCCCAUCGAGGCCAGCCAUGACAGUAGUGAUCUUGACGCGCAGUGGAGGCAAGCGAUGGAUUCGGAGCAGCGAAAGAGGCUUGCCCUGCUGUGCUUCGUUUGGGACACUCAACAUGCGGUUCUCUUCUCACAAGCAUCAUGCCUCUCGGCUAUUGAGUUGCGAUUAUCAUUGCCAUACGACUCUGAUACCUGGGAAGCAGCUACAGCCGAAGCCUGGCGCGAGAGUUGCGAAAGAAACCCUACGAGCCUAUUAUUCUUGACCGUCCUGAAGGCGUAUCUAAAUCCCGACGUCAAAGCACGACCCCGACAUCUCGAUGGCUUCUCUAGAAUUCUAAUCCUCCACGGGCUAAUGUCUGUCUCAUCCGACUUGAAGCGUAGAGACCAGAUUUCUCUUGGUAUCGAGACCGAAGCUGAAUCUCCGCAAGAGCGCGUCAGGCGAGCCUACGACCGUUGGAAAGCGGACUUUGACACUUUCUCACUGGACAUGAAGCUUUCCAAAGGCUAUGAUGCCAAGAAGUUCAUCCCCUUCAAGACCGCAACACUGGCCAUGUACCGUGCUGCACAUAUCGCUCUGAACGUCGAGGUUCUCGACCUCCAGAUCUUCGCUGGGGCUCGGCAGAUCCUGGGUAAGCCGGUAACACCGCUGGACUACGAACGUAGCCGGAAGAUCAUCCACAACUGGUUGACCUCAGAGGCAACCAGGACCAUUGUUGGACGGGCAGCGUGGCACGCAUGCCGAGUUCUGCGUGACGCCAUCAUCGACCUCGACGAAGGCGAUCUCACAGAUCUGUUCCACUACCCCUGGUGUCUUUAUCUAGCGACUUUGAUCUGCUGGGCGUUCCAUCAUUGCGAUGGUGGUCCCAAUGUUGUCGCCAAUGCCAAGCAGCCUGCAUGGCAGGCCAGGAAUCUAGAUGCCAAAAGCGAGAUGACCGCCCUGAUCAGCGGGAUGGGAUCUUGUACGAGUAUUGAGGAUCUGAACAAGGCCGCCGGAUCUUACAGGACACAAGGCAUGAUUGCGCUGAUGGUCAAGCAGCUGGCCUCAGUGAGAUGGGCGGCCAUGCAUGAAGGGACCAAAGUCCUCAAGGCAUUGGGUCGGAGCUAUUGUACCAACAGUAAGAGGGAUUUUUGA